UUCCAAGAUCCUUUUAGAGAGCUAGAGAGAAUGCAUUGAACACACAACAACCAGCCAGCAGCGAAGCUAGCACAGCAACAGCAGCACGGCUGGACUAGUAUGGCCUACCAAGAUGACUGCAAUGGAUUGAUGGCUGGAGUGGCUGGAAUGAACAUACAAGAUCAGCCUGUCCCCUCAGCCCCGCCCCCUUCUUCCAUGCCCCCCCAACCUGCACCCCCCAUAGAGGUACCCCCACCCUACAACCCCUCGAUGGAUAAGCGAGCAGCACUACAACAACAAGUAUCUCUACCAAACGUCGGCUAUGGCCAACCCCCAGAUCCCAGGAGGUCGCAAUUGUACUCGCAACCACCCCCUUACUCACCCACACAACAGUACACAACACUCCCUCGGCCACAAACUGGGCCUUGGGGUCAAAGGUCAAGUUGUCUGGACACAUCAAUAGCAUACAUGAGUCUACCGAGGCAAAUGCCCCCUGGAUCGACGUGGGGGGUUGCGACCCCUCAGCCGCUGGGUUACCCCCAGCAGCAAGCGUAUCACGGGGGUCAACCCCAGUCUACGUACGGUGUGCCACCACAGCCAGUGUAUGGGGGUCAAGGGUAUCCAGCUUACAGGAGUCAAGCACCUGCUCCCUCUGUACGCUAUGUUUCUCCUUGCAGGCCGAAUGGCUACAACAUUAUGGAUCUGUUUCACAAGGGCAAUCUUCUCCACUUAAUCCCAGAGACCAGCUCCAACAGAUCACCUAUCAGAACAGACUGGGGAAAGGUUGUGGGUGGUGGCUCAUUUAGUAACCAAGACACCCUGUUUGUGGUGGAAGAGCCGAGGGCUAAUCCCAACGAUGGUGUCAUUUCUCUAAGGAAUGUGGCUAACAGUAGUCGAUACAUUGCCAUGAGCGCUAAGGGUGAUGUCAAGGCCAGAAACGGAUUCAAUGAGAAGUGUGAGCUCCACGUUCGCCCUGUGGGGAGCAUAGAGUCGAGGGUGGUGUGUCUGGAGUCAGUUGCUCAGCCCGGGAAGUUUGUGGGGAUGCUGCCCAAUGGGUCCACCAUUAACUCUAAUACUCUAGUGCCCUCCUCCAAAGAAGCUCAGUUCAGAGUCAGAGCACACGGGAUUCUAAAUAUGUACACUGCGAACAUGCCACUGAAAGCGUAUGGAAGGAUAUCAGUAUUGAACCAAAUUGCCGACAAAUGUACUGUCCAGUUGUGUAACAAAGUGUCUAAGAUGUAUCUGGCUAUCGACAAGAAGGGGAGAGUCACUGAGCUACAGGACAAUACUGAUACCCACGCUCUAUUUAUGGUGUUUGACCGAGGUAUGGGUGUGGUCUCACUGCGUAGUUGGAAGCAUCCUGGAUACUGGCUGAGGGUGGUCAAUGGAGAGCUCAUGGGAAAGGGUGUUCCGGUCUGGUUGGAAGCAGACUUCAAUAUCAAGGAGAGUUACGAUGGCACAGUGUGUCUUGAACCAUUCAACUCCCCCGGCACAUUGACCACACCCCCUAGCUCCAACUGCUACGACUUCACUCUGACCAGUGUGACUGUUACUCAGUGAUGAAUGAAUGUCCAGUCCAACUCAAUCACAAACUUCAAUCGAAUCAAUAAUUAUUAUUUUAUUAUUUUUAUCUGUAUUUUAAUGAACCGUUUUGUUUUCAUUUUUUGUAUGGUUUACUGUUCAUGUCAUGGUUAUCAUAAUGUAUAUAAUGUUGUGUUAAGACAG